GCGCUGUGGGAGUUGAAUGAUUAAACUGGAGCUGUUUACAUUCCAAACCAAGCUUUCCACUGUUCAUACGAGAGAGAAUUUGAAUUCUCCAAUAAUCGAGAGGUUCCGCCUUUGAUUCCUCCCUCAAAACAACCUGCUGCUUAUUUGGACGUUCCACCUGCUGGACGCUCACUAGAUCCGUCAGUGAGUGCUGAUCGUGGAGGGGAUUUCUUCAGACAUGCCAUCAGCGGGAUUUGAGAUAUUAGGAGUGACUCUGGCUCUGCUGGGCUGGAUCUCCGCCAUCGUUUCCUGCGCUUUGCCCAUGUGGAGAGUGUCGGCGUUCAUCGGGGUGAACAUCGUGACGGCGCUGACCAUCUGGGAGGGCAUCUGGAUGAGCUGCGUGGUCCAGAGCACCGGCCAGAUGCAGUGCAAGGUCUACGACUCCAUGCUGGCUCUGAGCGCCGACCUUCAGGCCGCCCGCGCCCUCACAGUCAUCUCCGUUGUGUUGGGGGUUCUGGGACUCCUGAUGUCCGUCAUGGGGGCAAAGUGCACCAACUGCGUGGACGAAGAGGCGGCUAAAGCACGGGUGAUGAUCGCCUCCGGAGGGGCUUUCGUUCUGGCCUCCCUCACCCAGAUAAUCCCCGUGUCCUGGUCCGCUCACACCAUCAUCACGGAGUUCUACAGUCCGGCCGUACCAGAGGCCCAGAAGAGGGAGAUCGGUGCUGCGCUGUAUCUGGGUUGGGCCGCCGCUGCCUUCCUGCUCAUCGGAGGCGGCAUCCUGUCCUCCAGCUGCCCUCGGGGGCCGGAGAAAAGGUACAGAACGCCGUACUCCCAAACCAGAUCGGUGGUACCGAACGGCUAUGACAGGAGAGACUACGUCUGAAGCGACAUCUGCUCCGCUCUCACGCACCGACCAACGUGUACCAACUCAUUAAAGACUCCGGAAACAGAACCGAAAAGAACAAAAACGUCUAAAAACUGAAAAAACUAUUUUUGACAAAAGUAUUUUUGACCAGUUUCUUGUGCAAAUAUGUAAAAAUACUUGAAAUAAGACGAAACUACUUUACAAGUAACUUUUCACCAAGAUAUAAGAGCUUGGUUUUAGUAAAUAAUUCCUUGAUAUUGGUUUUAAAAAGUUCUAAUUCCAGUGGCAGAUUAUUUAAAUUACAACAUGUGAAUAUAAGUGAAAUAAUCUGCCAGUGGAAGCAGAGCUUUUCAUCAAGAUUAAGGAAUCAUUGACUUAAAUUAAGCUAUUUCUUGCUGAAGAAUUUGUUACUUUUGCCUUAUUUCAAGUGUACUAGGAAUUUCCACCAGAAAUUAAGCCAAAAAUACUUGUGUAUAUUUUGUCUUUUUGCUGUUCAAACUUGGUUUUUCACUUACUGACACUAGGUCAAGUAGUUUUUACCUCUAAAGUUAUUUUUAUUUGCUAA